GUAGUUGCGGUGGUCGUGUUGUUAGAAUUUUUAAAGAUCGUUCUAAUAUGAAAAUAUUACGCGCACUGUAAUCGAUUUGUUUUCCUUAAUUUUAAUCCCUGUAACAUGUUGCAAAUCUGAAGCUGUGCCUGAGACAGAAAAGGAACAGAUAAACUACCAAAAUGGCAAAGGAAAUGAUGAUAGUGUUCGUGUACGACACUGGGUGCUGCGUGGCGGAGGAGGACGACCCGGCCGACGCGGUACUCUACUUCCACCCGGGGUGGGUGUCCGACACGCAGCGGCUGGCACUCGCCGGACAGGUGGUGGGUGCAGCACACUGUAUCAAAUCCCUCUUCUCACAACCACUGGCCAUCACGUUGCAGAGCGGGAAGUUUAUUAUCAGAGAAUAUGGCAGAUACAUUCUGGCAAUAGGAAGUGACCGCAACAUACCCGAUUGGGUGCUAAAAAACCGAGCCAGCCUCCUAACGUCAAUGAUCAAAGUAUACCACGGCGACCUGCAAGCCCUGGCCGACAGUAUGGAGGACCAGAAGAGGCUGGCGGAGAAACUCUACCAGAUCUUCGAGACCUACCUGCCAGUGCUGCAGUAUGGCUGCCAUAUAUUCCAGCGGGUGCCAAUGCUGAGUCUUCCAAAGAGUGCUACAUCAGUGUAUAUGGAAUCAAUGCAAAUUUUGGAGCACUGUCGCAGAAGUAAAGGAGUAUUGGGCGGUGUCAUACUUUAUAAUAACAAAAUAAUUUCCACCCAACUACCGCCAAGUCUGACCUCGUAUUUAACAGUAGUGGACCCGUACCGGAUAAAAUCCCCCGCCGAAAAUCUGCAAACCGACACACCUCUGCCCUUGGGAGCUCAACUAUUAGUAGUUUACGUAGGAAAGAAGACUUAUAACACUUUGAAAAAGCAAACGGAUAAGUUACAGGAUUUCUAUCAAAAUGGCGAAGAAGUUAUUGCUAGAUUUAAAAAGUUACAAGAGGCGGAACGAGAAAAAGUUCGAGAUCAUCCCCAAUCGGGGAUGAAAAGAGACAAAUCCCUACUCUUCACUGCCGUCCCAGAGGAAGAUCAUACAAUGAUGUCCCCGCCCAAUAAAGAGGAAAAUCCAGAUGUACAAAGAAAACCCAGCAUGCCUGACGUUGUGCCGUUCACAAACAAACCCAGACCGCGCCCAAACAAACUAUCCCUCAGCUUCAAAACACAGAAAUCAUUGGACGAAGACGUAAAAGAAAACGAAACCGUCUUUACAGGUCAAACGAGUGUCUGUUCUACACCUAUGGUCGAAUACAAACGCUUGCACGGAAACAUGUUAUCAAUAUGCCAAAAUCCAGACAAACCCGAUAACAUCGCAGACGAAACGGAAAACAUAGAACCAGAUGUGCUUAAAAACAUCGAAAACACAACAAACGGUGUGGAAGACGAAAAAAGGGACAACAAAACAGUUUUAAACAGCAAUUGUAUAGGAGAGCACUUUAUAAACAAACCCGAGCCAAUAAGAAAGUUAGCAAGCGUAACAGACUUGCAGGAAACGUUCAGAAAAUUGUCCACGAGAGCUUCGUCAAAGAUGAAACUAAAACGGUCGAAAAUCGACGACGAAUCCGAUCCUUCCCCGGAAGAAAAAACCCAAAACACGAUGACAAUCAACGAUCCUUUAUUCCCAGUAUUCAGAAACGAUGGAGUUGCGAUAUCAGAAUCACUAUUUAACCAAUACCUCGAGCAGUAUUAUUCGGGUAUAAAACAGAGGACGAAAGAGGAGAAUAUGUUUAAUUUCAACCUCAAACUCUGCGAGGAAAAGUUCAAAGAUUUCGAUUCGGAUUUGAUAAAGUCCCCGCAGCGGACGCCGAAGAAAGUGGCGAAAGAUUCGUCAAAAACCGUGCAAACUGAUCAGUCCAGGCGAAAAUCUUUAUCGUUACCUCUCAAAUCGUUAUCAGAAAGUAGUGAAACGCAAAUUGGGACGGAUCCAGAUGCGAUAAGUUUGAAGAAGAAAUUGUCUGGUGUGCAAUUAACGCCUCUAAUGGAGAAGUUAAGCCAUUUAGCGUUUUCGGAUAAAUCGAGUGGAUAUAGUAGUAGAGUUAUGACUCCUUUGGAAUUGAGAGAGUUACUGACGCCCGCUUUGGAUAAGCAAGUUACAUUUUCGGAAAGCAGGACGAAACAACGACAUGAAGAGAGCGAAGACUCAGACGAGGAUAGCGAUAGUGACUUGGAAAUACUGCCCACGUUCAGUGCACAAGCUGUAAAGUGUGCACUGUUCGUGAGCGGCUUGCACAAUAUGGCGCUGCUUGCGCUGCUGGACUUCGAGGCGGCGAACGAUGCUGACACUAUCAACUCACUGUGGGAGACAUCCUUAAACGCACUAGGGCCAAUCGAGCAGAAAUGCAUGGACCCAGUGACGACGCAAACAGACGCGUCCGACUACAGCUACCUGGUGCUCGACCCCGACUGGGGCACCGUGAAGAAGGGCGGGCCCUGGGCGGCGCUCGACAUCGCCACCAUGGGCUUCAUACACAACGAGUUUGAGGAGCAACCUGACCUCACCGAGUUUAUAUUACGGAGCGAGGACAGCGUAGUCCUAGGCACAGCGUGCGGGGGAGCGCAGAUCUACUACCAGGAGAGCGGCGCGAGACAAGCCGGGCCGCCGCCUCCUUCAGACAUCCUCGCCACCGCGCCGCUGCGCGCGCGUCGCCGCCUGCACCGCGACCACUCCACGCUGCUCUUGUAAACCACACGCGUGUUCACGUGGCCUGGCCUUAGGCUCAAUGCACAUCGAGAUGGCAGCCAUGCGACGUGGCCGUCAGAGCCGGCCGCGGCAAGCCCCUAAGCGCCUAAUCUCCACUUGACCUACCUCGAUUUAGCAAGGAAACCGGGCUUUUGGAUUAAAAAUGAUUGUAACAAGUACCAGGAAACUAAAAUCCCAAAAGUAGCCGACUCGGCACAUCACUAUUUCGAACUGCGGCGGGGGUGAGCAAAUGGGGAGCGCGCGGCUGUCCGCGUCCGCGCGACCUUUUUAACCUACUUCAAAAAAGGAGGAUUCGUCGGAAUCUUUUUUUCGAGUUUCUAAAGCGAUACUGGUCUUUUAAGUGUGUAGAUAAAGUUUAAAAUUAUAUUUUCACUGUGCUUGCCGCACCACUGCCGGCCGCUGCCAUCUAGGUAUGAAUUGAGCCGUGUGGACACUCAAUGUACGCGGCAGCUAAAAAGCGGAGCGCGGCUAGCUGGUCGCCGCUGCCUUCAGACAUCGUCGCCACCCCAACACUGCGACCAUCCGCGCUGCUCUUGUAAAACCACCACGCGUGUGUUCACGUUGUUGACCUUGGGAGUUCACGCUCAAUAUUUAUUGACGUCCACAUCGCGAUAUUUGUGCUAGGAUCUUCCAAUGUACUGAGAUCACACCAGAAUUACCAUAAAUACUGAGCGUGUGACAUGACCCUUAGCUAUUCAGCGACGAUCUACGUGAACACGCAGAACACACGUUUGUUAUUGUUGCGACCGCGAACUAUUUCUUAUUCUGUGGUAUUGUGACAUCAGAUAUAGGCACUUAUAUCGCUAGAUAUAGGUACUUAUAUCGUUGGAUAUAGAUAAUUACCUUGCAUUUAAGACGGAACCUACAAUUAUUACCACUCACUUGACCCACGCGAUCCAUGUCGGGGUCAAACCAAAAGUUUGUCAUCACAAAGUGCGUCAGGUGUUUGUUCAUAGAAAAUACUAUUAUAGUGCAUAUACAAUAUACAUAUUUUGAAGACUCGAUCGCCAUAUUUGCUGUACUGUGUGUAUCUAGCAAAAGGUCCGUUCUUAGUUUUCGAUAUGACAGUUAACACAGAGCAAAAAUAUAGUGAGUGAGUUUUCAAUACAUUACCUACUAGUAUAUUACCUCUUUGACUUUUUUGUAAGCGUCAGGUUGGGUACCAACUACUUAUUUUAUUGACUACUUAUUGAUAUUAUUUUAUUGACUUAGGUAUUUAUUGAUGUAACAGGCAACACUCGUUAUUAAAUAGGGGGACAUCACCGCCUGGCUGCUGGAUAAACGCGUCUUCUAGCAUGCUUGAGCAGUUUUAGAAUAAUUAAAUUAACGAUAGAAAUACUAUUUACCUACUAUUUCCAUUUGGAUAAAGACUACAUUUAGUUAUGAAUGUCUUGAUUGCUAAAUCUGCUCAAACAUGCAAACUCCGCGUAGUUUGACUACGGUCGGCGCUGAUCCAGAGUUCAAUAAUUGCAAAACAAGCAGUUAGUCGGAUCUGAAGUUGCAAUAUGACAUUCUACGCACGUAUAGUACGCGACAGGUUGAGAAGGCUAUUUGGGUAUGAGGCGGGGAACGCUCCGCACACCGCACGUCACCCGCAUUGGGUUAGCGCGGGGGUUGGGCGGGUGUGUGGGGCGUCCCCACCCCGGUUGCCAUCUCAACCUGUCGCGUCCUAUACACCCAAGAACACAAGUCCCGCUGAGAAAUGUUUUCGUACACUGCGCAGUUCAGUUCGUGUUCAGAUUGGAGUCCAAUCGUUGGACUACUCUUGUUUGCGAUCACUAUACCUACUUAUCGAUGUGACGAUUUUAUUACAUAGUAAUGGUGCGAAGUAUUCCUUACAGAUUUAUUUGUUUAGUUAAACUCGUAGUUUUAAUUUAGUUUUACGACCGAAAUCAAUCUAUCCGUAAUUUUUCGAUAAGUUGCUUAGCGACGUUGUCAAAAAAUACCUUAUUUUUGACAAAUAAUAUCGUUGCCAAGUAACCUAUCGACAGAUUACAGAUAGGAUUUUGGUUUCAUUAAUUUCGGCUGUUAGUUAGUAUUGUUGGUUAGACUUUCAAGUAGUUAAAAGUGGCAAGACAUUUUCAUUUGAUUAAGAUCUUGUAGAGAAAAGGAAGCCGAUUAGAUAUUUUGUAAAGUGAAGUUAGGUGUAGUUUGUCGUUAGAAGACUAGACGUACCUACUAUUGGAAGUAGACAACCCAUUAAAUAAUAAAUUUAAAGACUAAUCUUAGUAUUAAUUCUGAUCGUAGUUGCAAACUAAAAAAACUUCUAAAACAACUUUAGUCAUUGCAAUCUAUCAAGAAUUUUCAGAAAUAUUCUAAACUUUUAAAGAAAAUUCACGUCUAAAGCUGUCCAAUAAUAAUUUUAUUGUCGUCUAUUAGCCAUUUUCCUAUUUAGUCCGUAGUAAAGUUUACAGGAUCAGUACAUAUCUUUGAAUCCAUCUUGAAAAUUUAAAAUAGAAAAUUAUUAAAAGUUAGCCAAAAAUAAUUAUUUGCUGCACAAAAUACUGCAGCUUGAAGCCAAAAUUGCGGAGUUGAGCUUAUAUUGCGUUUCUAAACUUGUAUCGUUUGAAUUCGUCGACCGUUAUUGCCAAACUUCUUUCCGCCUAUAUCUCAAAAAUUCAAAAAUAGGUAGGUAUAAUAUUAUUUUUAGAAAAACAUUCCAAUUCAGAUGUUAAAGCAUUGUGUUUGCUAUAGACCUUCAGGGCCGAUUUUUCUUCAAUGUUUAGCUGAUAAUAAAUUUGACAGUUUCUGUAAAGGUCAAUAUGUCACUUUUUAUUCAUUAACUAGCAACCCGCCCCGGCUUCGCACGGGUGGACAUUUAUUUUUUCUAUUUUCCGGGAUAAAAUAUAGCCUAUACGGAUUCGGAAGAAUCCCUCUAAGUAAUGGUAAAAGAAAUUUUGAAAUCGGUCCAGUAGUUUUUGAGCCUAUUCAAUACAAACAUACAAAAAUACAAAGGUUUCCUCUUUAUAAUAUUAGUAUAGAUAAAAGUUUAUAUAAAGGUCGAAUUAGCCCGCCUAUUAAAGCUACUUAAAUACCAGAAGUUACACCUAGAAAGUUGGAAAAUUGGGUGAUAGGUUUGAAGCUGCUUUGCCCGUGCUCCACAGAAAACAACCUGAAAUCCUGCUGUCAAAAACUGUUGUGUCGAAAGUUGUAUGGAACGCAAUAAAAACUGAACUACCCACAUUCAGUCCACCCAUUUUUAGUACUCAACUGCUAGUUAUGUAGUCUAUGGUAGCGAAACGCUCAUAGUAAUCUCGCCAUUAGUCGUAAGUUCCCGGCCACGUAGUAUGUAUUGCUGUUUAAUCUGUGCUCAAUCUUGCCAUCUUGUAGCUUUAUAGUAUUGUUAAUAUAGCCCGUUAUUUUUUUUAUAUUUAUGAUAGAUAGCCAUUGAGUCUGCAGUUUAUUUUUAUGGCUUAAAAACUGUUAUUUUCUGCAAGGUGCAUAUUUACCAACCAAUAAUUUUAAUUCAGUUCAAAGCCCCCUUGCAAAAUUGAUGUAUGUAUUUAUGUAGGUCGAGAUGGCCAUCGGGGUAUGAGGGGAGGGGGAACACCCCGUACGUCACCCGCGUUAUUCCGCACGGAGUUAGCGCGAGGGCUGUGCGAGUGAGUGGGUCGUCCCCAACCCGAUUGCCACCUCGACAUGUCGCAUACUAUAGAUUGGUAGAUAGUUUAUUUACGGCCAAAAUUAAUAUCUGUAACUAUCAAAAUUAAUCGUCUGUAACUGUCGAUAAGAUACUUAGCGACUUUUUUGACAAAUGACAAUGUUGCUAAGUAACUUAUCUACAGAUUACAGAUAAAUAUUCAUUACUAAUUUCGGCCGUUAAAUUAUUGGCCCGUCGAAUGUCAGUAGAUUGUGGGGGAUCAAUAGUUUAUUUUGAAAA